AUGGCUGCUGCCCAAACGGUGGAGUCGAAGUUGAAGCAAUACACGUUUCACCGCAGAUUGGAGGUGGUAGAAUGCUCGUCUGCCGUCCACGCGACUGCCUGUUCCGAUGCGCGCUUCGCCUCGAGUAUGACGAAGGAUACUGGGUACUGGAAGUGUGGUAUCAAACUCGCAGCGUCUGAACAAUCCCCGAGUUGA